AUGUCAGGCCUCCGAAUACUUGUACCCAUCAAACGGGUAAUUGACUAUGCCGUCAAACCCCGCGUCAACAAGGCGCAAACAGCAGUCGAAACUGCCGGUGUAAAACACAGCAUGAACCCAUUCGAUGAACUCUCAAUCGAAGAAUCAGUACGCAUCCGCGAAAAGAAAUCAUUUCCCCAUGGCGUUGCAGAAAUCAUCGCAUUCACAGCCGGGCCGCCGAAAUCCGCCGAUAUCUUACGGACGGCGAUGGCUAUGGGCGCUGACCGGAGUAUACACGUCGAAUUCAAGGACGGUGAGGAGAUUGAACCAUUAGGAGUGGCGAAACUCCUGCAGGCGGUCGUGAAGAAGGAGAAGAUUGAUUUGGUGGUGCUGGGAAAGCAGAGUAUUGAUGAUGAUUCAUCGCAGACUGGACAGAUGCUUGCGGGAUUAUUGAACUGGCCGCAGGCUACGCAGGCUAGUAAUGUUGGAUUUGGGGGUGACAAGAAGAUUACGGUUGAGAAGGAGGUUGAUGGUGGAACUGAGACGGUGAGAGGGACGAUACCGAUGAUAAUUACGACUGAUUUGCGGUUGAACGAGCCGCGAUAUGCUAGUUUACCGAAUAUUAUGAAGGCGAAGAAGAAGAAGAUUGAUAAGAUGAGCGCGAGUGAUUUGGGGGUUGAUGUUGCGAGGAGGUUGAAGACUCUGAAGGUUAUUGAACCACCACCAAGACAGGGAGGAGGAAAGGUAGAAGAUGUCGAUGGGAUGAUUGCCAAGUUAAAGGAGCUGGGAGCGAUAUAG